AUGCUAGAAGAAGAAAAGGAGUGGAACACAUAUCUAAUCAACCAGAUCUUUCUACCCUUUGAGGCCCAGCUACACAUUCCUAUUCCUAGAUUUGAUCAAGUGGACUGCUUCUAUUGGAAAAAAGCUAGAGAUGGUGAAUUCAGAGUAAAAUUAGCCUACCAUAAACUAAGAGUCCAAACCAGAUCACAAUCAGAGAUUUCUAAAAGAGAACAAAGUGAAGAACAAACCUGGAAAGAUGUUUGGAGAAUAAGGACACCACCCAGAGCUGUGAAUUUCCUCUGGAGACUUCUCCACAAGUCUCUCCUUAAAAAAAAGAACUUGAAUAAGAGGGGGAUAAAUUUCUCUCCUUUGUGUCCGAGAUGCUGGGAAGAUACUGAAUCUAAAGAACACAUAUCCAGGGAAUGUUGGUUUGCUAGAAAAUUCUGGUUUGUAUCUCCAUUCAUCCUGAGAUCAGAAACAGGAAUAGAAAUAUUUCCAGAUGUAAAAGAAUGGGUCAAAGAAAUGAUGGAAAAUAUUCAGAGUGAAAAGAGGGGUCUGUUUUGUACCUUGUUACAGCAACUGUGGAGAGCGAAAAAUUCCCUCGUCUUUGAGGAAAAAUCGGCACCGACCGAGGAAGAAGUACAAAAAUCUUGCAUGUGCUUUGAUGAAUUUUGGAAAGCUCAGAUGAUAGAAAAAAUAAAACGCCCAAUAGAGAAGCCCCAAAUCUCAGUGAACCAAAAGUGGAAAUGCCCACCAACCAACAUAAUGAAGAUUAAUGUAGAUGCAGUGGUCCCACACGACAUUAAUGGAGGAGUUGGUGUUGUAAUUAGGGAUGAGAUGGGAAUCAUAAUGGCAUUAGCAACCAAGGAAAUACCUUAUCUGCUUGAAGCACAUGAAGCGGAAGCAUAUGCAGCAUUUUGGGAUUGA